CGUAUGUGUUUGUUUUAUGAAACUGAUACCAUGAAAGUUAGGUAAAUUUCUGGAGGAUAUUCAGCUGAUUUCUGCUCCCAUAUGGCGAUAUUAACAACCAAAUUUUUCAUCGACUAAAUAGCAAGAUAAUAAAAUCAUAUUUAAGUGGAUAGUUAGGCUUUCGCUAAUGCUUAUCAAUGGCUGUAGUGAGGAUGGAUAACUGCCCUCGCAUGGAGACGAUGCAGACCGAAACAUAUGAUAGGGAACGCGAAUGUGACCUACGUAAUUUUGACAAUUCGAAUCUCAGAACUUCAGAUGUAUACAGGACGGAAAAUUUGCCAUUCCGGUUUGAUUAUCCUUCGAAGUGGAAUUAUGGGAAUUGCGUUUUUACACCCAGUGAAGGAGUUAUUAAGAAGUAUAUCCAAAAACCCUUUGGUCAAAGCUACAAAUGCAGUCAAGCUGAAUCAAGAAUGUCACAUCCGCUGUUUCGAACAACGAAUUCUGAGUAUGGCUCCAAACCCCCUUGUGUCCAUACCAUGCCGCAUACAUUUUACCCCAGGAAUCAUAAGUAUUGGGAGAAUUUGGCGAGCGUCGGUAUGUACCGCAACCGUGGUUUUAAUACAGCUGUCGACAAAAGCACAAUUUAAUAUCAAUUGCUGAGAAAAAUUAAAUUGGUAAUAAAAAGAAACUAAUGACUGAUGCUGCUUGAAUUAAAUUUAUAGUUGUCUUGUAGA